UUAAAUUUUAAUACCAUGACUACUGGUUUUGCCUGCCGUUAUCUCUUCUCUUCUCUUGAAAAAAUCCUCCUCCUUGCACUUGUUUCUUUUCGUUCAAGAAAUUCUCUCAGCAAAUCGGCAAUGAAGCCUCACAUAUUAUUACUUACAAACAAUCUCCCUUUACCAUCUCCAAAUCUUCCCUUUGGAACAAGAAAGUCUCUCCCUCUCGCAUUUCUCAGCAGAAACACUUCCAUUCACUUCCCUCGCUUCCAAAACCCUAAAUUUAAGGUUGUUGAAGCGGUGAGAUUUGAUUGUCCCGUAACGGACGUUACUGAAUUGGAGGGCGAGGAUUGUGAGUUGGUGCUUGAGACUUGCAUCACGCGCACAUUGCCUCCGGCAUUGACGCUGGAGCGAGGGAUAGAGAGCAUUAAGGCUGCCGUGGAUGAUUUAAAGUCGAAUCCUCCGUGUUCUCUUCACGGUGUUUUCAGAUUUCAGGUUGCUGUGCCGCCGAGUCCAAAAGCUUUGAAUUGGUUCUGCUCGCUACCGGAGUCGGAUGGUGUGUUCCCUCGUUUUUUUCUAAGCAAGGAGACAGAGGAUGCGUCGUGCAAAAAACUCUAUUUGCAUAGGACUCGUGGAGUUUUCGGGCUUGGAUCAGCAAUUUGCUUUGAAGCGUCCUCUUACCGUGCUCCAGAAAAGCUGAAGAGGAUCAGAAGAUAUCUCUCAAGUGAUUCCACCCAUAUAAUGACUUAUGGUUUUAUGGAUAUUAAAUUCAACAAGGAGUCAUCUUCAAUCAAGCAUGAGGCUGGUUCGUUUUACUUCUUGAUUCCUGAGGUUGAGUUAGAUGAGCAAGAAGAAGCAUCUAUUCUUGUCAUAACUUUGGCAUGGGAUGAAAAUUCCUGCUGGACUUUUGAACAAGCAAUUCAAUCUUUUGAGUCAUCCAUUGACCAGGCCAGUUUUUGCUUUUGGCCAGACACAGAUAGAUGCUAUUCCAAGUGCAUAAAAUCUACCUUCAGAAAUUUCAAUCUGAUGGAGGCUAAAACAUUCCAGAUGGCUUGUACAGAUGCUUUGUUUUUGGACAGAAGGGAUUAUCAGGCUGACACCGCAGAACUGGUAUCCCCUUUUUCCUGGACCAAAUUUUCCACUCAGUUUUGUUUCAGGCUUUCACCAGUGGUGGGUGUUUCAAGUAACAUGUUGGAUGAUGCUGGUGAAACAAGUUACUCUCUGCAAGAUCAAUCAACUAUCAAUGCUGUUUGGGCUUCACUUAUAGUGGAAGAAUGUUCUCGUCUUGGUAUAAUGUACUUUUGUGUAGCUCCAGGCUCAAGAUCAUCGCCUCUUGCCAUCGCUGCUUCCACUCAUCCCCUAACAACAUGUAUUUCAUGCUUUGAUGAGCGCUCUCUUGCAUUUCAUGCUGUUGGUUAUUCAAAGGGGUCUCAUAAACCAGCAGUCAUCAUAACAUCAUCAGGCACUGCAGUUUCAAAUCUUCUUCCUGCUGUUGUGGAAGCUAGUCAGGAUUUUGUGCCACUUUUAUUGCUGACUGCAGAUCGUCCUCCUGAGCUUCUUGAUGCUGGGGCAAACCAAGCAAUUAAUCAGGUGAACCAUUUUGGUUCUUUUGUGAGGUUCACCUUCAGUCUUCCUGCACCUACUGAUAAUAUUCCUGCGCGGAUGGUGCUUACGACAAUUGACUCUGCUGUGCAUUGGGCAACCUCUUUGCCAUAUGGCCCUGUUCAUAUUAAUUGUCCUUUCAGAGAGCCUCUGGAUGAUAGUUCAGACAAUUGGAUGUUAAGCUGUUUAAAAGGAUUGGAUAUUUGGAUGUCUGGUGCGGAACCAUUCACUAAAUAUAUUCAAUUGCAAAAUUCUCUUGCAUGUAAAGAUGGUGCUUGUGUCCCAAUGGCAGAGGUUCUUAAAAUAAUUAAAGGGACUGAUAGAGGGCUUUUACUUCUUGGUGCAAUUCACACAGAAGAUGAAAUAUGGGCAGCGCUUCUCUUGGCUAAACACCUUAAUUGGCCUGUUGUAGCUGACAUCUUAUCAGGGCUAAGAUUAAGAAAGCUCCUUCCUUCCCUUCCUGAAAUUGAAGAGAAUGUUUUAUUUGUUGAUCAUCUAGACCAUGCUUUGCUGUCGGAAUGGGUCAGGGGUUGGAUUCGUUUUGAUGUGAUUGUUCAGAUUGGAAGCCGGAUAACAAGCAAGCGUGUUAGUCAAAUGGUGGAAGAAUGUUUUCCGUGCACAUAUAUCUUAGUUGACAACCACCCGUGCCGUCACGAUCCAUCACAUUUUGUAACACACAGAGUGCAGUGCUCCAUUCGUCAGUUUUCUGACAGCUUAAUGAAAGCUCAAGUUUCACACGGGAACAGCAAAUGGUGUUGUUUUCUACAAGUUUUGAAUACAAUGGUUGCCUGGGAUAUAUCAUUUCAAAUUAACGCAGAGAACUCAUUAACCGAGCCUCAUGUUGCACAUGUAAUUACAGAAGCUCUUUCAGCCGAGUCUGCUCUUUUUGUUGGCAACAGCAUGGUAAUACGCGAUGCAGACAUGUAUGGACACAAUUGUAAAACUCAUGCUCAUAGCAUUGCACAUAUGAUGUUAGACUCAGAACUUCCAUAUCUUGGGAUAAGAGUGGCUGGCAACAGGGGAGCUAGUGGUAUUGAUGGUUUGCUUAGCACAGCAAUUGGUUUUGCUGUUGGAUGCAAUAAACAAGUGCUUUGUUUGGUUGGAGAUGUUUCUAUGCUUCAUGAUACAAAUGGCUUGGCAAUUUUGACUCAGAGGGUGUCAAGGAAACCAAUGAGGAUACUUGUGAUAAACAAUCAUGGUGGAGCAAUUUUCAGCCUCCUUCCUAUUGCAGAUAAAACUGACCCUCGAAUAUUGGAUCAGUAUUUCUACACUUCCCAUAGAAUAUCAAUUCAUAAACUUUGUGCGGCACACAGUGUGAGACAUUUACUAGUGAAGACGAAGGUGCAACUUCAAGAAGCUUUACUUAAAUUUGAAUAUGAGAAGACAGAUUGUGUAAUUGAAGUGGAGAGCAGCAUUGGUGCCAAUUCAACCUUCCACAGUACUUUAAGAAAAUCUGCACAGCAAGCAGCAGAUCAUGCUUUAAGCAUUCUCUCAAGGCUUUCUGUUCGAGUUUCCAUUUCAGAUGGGUUAUUUCUCUGCAAGAUCCAUAAAAUGGAUUUUUCACUGUACAGAAUUCAACUCUGUGCUCCUCCUACCUCGAGCUCUGUUGAUCAUCAUCAGAAUGAGUUCCAUAGGGAAGGUUAUAUUUUAUCCGUGUCUCUCGAAGAUGGAAGUGUUGGGUAUGGUGAGGUUGCACCUCUUGAAAUCCACAAAGAAAAUCUGGCGGAUGUAGAAGAGCAGCUUCUAUUUCUUCUUCAUGUCAUUAAAGGAAUCAAGAUUAAUGUUUCCCUUCCCAUUCUGAAAGGCUCUUUCACUUCUUGGAUAUGGAGCAACUUAGGAAUUAUGGAAUGUUCAAUCUUUCCAAGUGUUAGAUGUGGUCUUGAAAUGGCUAUCUUGAACGCCAUAGCAGCAAGUCAAGGUUCCAGUUUUAUAAGUAUGCUUCAACCUUGGAUGAUAAAUGAGGAAAUUUAUGAAAAGUCAAGCGUUAAGAUAUGUGCCCUUAUUGAUUCUAACGGGACUCCCACUGAGGUUGCUUAUAUUGCUUCCUCACUUGUUGAAGAAGGAUUCACUGCAAUAAAACUCAAAGUUGCACGUCGGGCAGAUCCCAUUCAAGAUGCUACAGUUAUAUGCAAAGUACGAAAGGAAGUUGGUCCAUGUAUUGAACUCCGUGCGGAUGCCAACAGAAAAUGGACCUAUGAAGAAGCUAUCCAGUUUGGCUUCCUUGUAAAAGAUUGUGACCUACAAUAUAUUGAGGAACCUGUUGAGAAUGUUGAUGAUAUUGUGAAGUUCUGUGAAGAAACUGGCUUACCUGCAGCUCUUGAUGAAACUAUCGACAAUUUUCAAGAAAGUCAUCUUAAAAUGCUUGCGAAGUAUACUCACCCUGGAAUAGUUGCUGUGGUUAUCAAACCAAGUGUUGUUGGUGGGUUUGAAAAGGCAGCAUUAAUUGCACGAUGGGCACAGAAGCAUGGAAAAAUGGCUGUUGUUAGUGCUGCAUUUGAAAGUGGCUUAGGUUUGUCAACUUAUAUUCUAUUCUCCUAUUACCUGGAGCAGCUGAAUGCUGUUUAUACAGUUAUGAACCGUGAAACCAGGCCAUCUAUAGCCCAUGGUCUUGGAACUUAUAGAUGGCUUAAACAAGAUGUCACAGCUUUACCUCUUGGGAUUCAUUAUGAUCCAUGUAAAGGCUUUGUCGGAGCAUCUGUUGCUGCUUCCAUUCAACUCCUACAGAACUUUCAAGUCAAUAACAAUGUUAUUCACAAAACUUUUAAUGAAGAGCAAGUUCAUAGAUAUCAUUUGACAGUGAAUUCAAAUAAUUUUUCCUACUCCAUCAAAGUUCAUGAAGUUGGACAAGAAAGCAAUGAUAAUGUUGUUAUAUUUCUUCAUGGAUUUCUUGGAACUGGUGAAGAUUGGGUCCCCAUCAUGAAGGCCAUCUCAAGAUCAGCAAAAUGCAUUUCAAUUGAUCUUCCGGGACAUGGGGGAUCAAAAAUACAAAAUCAUGGUAGUAAGGGAGCCCAAGAGGAAGCAACUUUGUCAAUUGAAAUAGUUGCAGAUGUAUUAUAUAAGUUGAUUCAAGGCAUAACUCCUUUUAAGGUUACCCUGGUUGGAUAUUCUAUGGGAGCUAGAAUUGCAUUGCACAUGGCAGUAAGGCUUAGUCAUAAGAUUGAUGGAGCUGUUAUAAUAUCUGGUAGCCCUGGCCUGAAGGAUGCAAUGGCAAGAAAAAUCCGUCAGGCUAAAGAUGAUUCUAGGGCAGACUUCCUUGUUGCCUAUGGUUUAGAACUCUUUCUUGAUUCCUGGUAUGCUGGAGAGCUCUGGAAGAGCCUGAGAAGUCAUCCCCAUUUUAAGGAAAUAGUUGCCGGCCGCUUGGUGCACAAGGAUGUCCGAAGCCUUGCAAAAGCUCUGUCAGGCCUCAGCACUGGGAGCCAGCUGCCAUUGUGGGAAGACUUGAAGCGAUGCGAUUUGCCCCUUUUACUCAUUGUUGGAGAGAAAGAUGCGAAGUUCAAGUCAAUUGCUCAAAAAAUGUUCCAUGAAGUUGUCCAAGAUAGGAAAGGUGAAGACCGCAGGGGGAACAAUAUUUGUGAGAUACUUGAGGUUCCCAACUGUGGUCAUGCUGUUCAUUUGGAAAACCCUCUUCCUAUUAUUAGUGCCAUGAGGAAAUUUUUGACCAGAGGAAGGAGUCCUCAGAGCACAACAGUAAAAUGCUGUGAUGCUCUACCCGGUAACAGCAGAUGACUGACCCUGAUCCAAAUAUGGCCAUUGGUGGUGAAGCCUCUUUAUCUAAGAAAUCCACGGUCCAGGCUUUGAUGCAUGCUCUAAAGAUAUUCUGAAAACAACUGAAAUGAUUGUUGUAAUUAGGGUAUAGUUAAAGAUUUGAUCCGAUAGAGAACACUACAUUAGUGGUGCAACUCUUAUGAGCAAAGAUGAGAGAGUUGGGGUUGGUGCGACCGUGGAAACGUGAAUCUUUUUGUUUUCAUUUUGAAUUGUUUUGUUGCUGAAAUACGUUAACAGGGAAAAAAGAGGUCUUCGUGAAAA